CAGUUUCCCGGCCGAGUAGUGGUGCAUGGCUGUCGUGCCAGCAACAGGCCCCGCGCCUUUUCUCCUCGCGGGUAAGCCUAGCCGCGGGAAUCCCCAGAGUCUCCCCGGGUAAGUCGAUUUCUCUUGGUCUUCUAUGUGCCCGUUAUUGGCGGUUGUUGUAUUGGCUUUCCGUUCGGGCCUCGAGUGGUUAUGCCCACGGUCCCUAUUAUUGGACAUGUUCGGCGGUGACCACUGACAACCCUGCGCGAUAUACCGUACCUAACCCCUCACACGCCCUCCCAUCCCUCCCCGAUCGAUCUUCGGGUCUUGUCAGUCGCCCACGUCUCGCGCAUCCCGUGACAUCUAUGACUCGGUAGUGCAUGUACUGGGGUUGUCUCUUCUCCCGCCCCGGAUACAAAUGGGUGACAGUUUCAUCCAUGGCGGAUGAAUCCCCUUGUCACGAUCUUGCCCAACUCUCAACCCAUCAUUGCUAAUCACUCUCUACCUUACUUUACAGACUCGACCAUGCAGACUCAAACGACAUUGGCGCAUACCACCAGACGCACUCUGACCGCCGUUUCCUCCCGUCGUUUGACCUUGGACAACAUUAACCCCCACGUCAAGGCUGCCAAAUAUGCCGUUCGCGGUGAGAUUGCUACCAAGGCAGAGGAAUUUCGCGUGAGAUUGGCUCAGGGGGAUAAGUCAUUGCCGUUCGACAGCGUUAUCUUCGCCAACAUCGGUAACCCGCAACAGCUGGACCAGAAGCCCAUCACCUUCUUCCGUCAAGUCCUGAGUCUUCUUGAGAACCCCGUGUUGCUGGAAAACCCGGAACUUCUCCGAACCAAUUUUGGAUACCCACAGGAUGUUAUUGACCGGGCUAAGGUCUUGCUCGCGGAUGUUCAGAGCGUUGGUGCCUACAGUCACAGCCAAGGUGCACCGGUCAUUCGGGACAGUGUGGCCAAGUUCAUCGAGCAGCGUGAUGGAUUUCCUGCUAACUCCCAGGAUCUUUACUUGACCGCUGGUGCUUCAUCGGGUGUGAGCACGAUCCUCAACAUUAUCUGUGAUGGACCCGCCGCCGGAGUCCUUGUCCCCAUCCCUCAAUACCCCCUGUACACGGCGACUCUGUCUCUGCUGGAUGCGCAGUGUGUUCCUUACCUCCUCGAUGAGCAGAAGGCUUGGGGUACUGACGUGAAUGCGAUCAAGGAGAACCUGUCAAAGGCCAAGGCCGCUGGCACUGAUGUUCGUGCUAUCGUUGUUAUCAACCCCGGUAACCCCACCGGCGCUUCUCUCAGUGCCGAAGACAUCAAGAGCGUUCUCGACGUUGCAGCUGAGGAGAGACUAGUGGUCAUUGCCGACGAGGUAUACCAGACCAAUGUUUUCACUGGCGAAUUCAUCUCCUUCAAGAAGAGACUCCGUCAGCUGCAGCAGGAGGUGCCCGGCAAGUACGACAACGUGGAGCUGGUCUCCCUGCACAGUGUCUCUAAGGGCAUGGUUGGCGAGUGCGGUCAUCGCGGUGGCUACUUUGAGCUCGUGGGUUUCGACCCCGAGGUCGCUGCCCAGAUCUACAAGUAUGUCAGCAUCAUGCUAUGCCCGCCUGUCAUUGGUCAGUGCCUGGUCGAGUUGAUGGUGAACCCUCCCACGGAGGGAGAGCCUAGCUACGAGCUGUACCAGAAGGAAUACAAUGGCAUCAAGGAUGGACUGAGAAGCCGUGCUAUGGCCCUCUACGAAGCCUUCCAGAAGAUGGAGGGCGUCGAGUGUCAAGAACCCCAGGUAAACCCCGGCCCAUAUUCCCGCAGAUCACGAAACCCUUCUAACUUAUCUAUAGGGUGCCAUGUACCUUUUCCCCACUAUUAACCUCCCACCUAAGGCAAUCGAGGCUGCCGCUGCAGAGAAGCGGGCUGCAGACGAAUUUUACUGCCUGCAGCUCCUUGAUGCCACCGGUAUCUGUGUGGUUCCAGGUUCC